AUGCCAGAAAAGAAUCCUCCUGUAUUAGACAGGUAUGACGACUCGGCAGAUCUGGACAAUCAUCUCAGGAUUUUCACCAAUGCAAUGACGUUUUACACAGACAGUGACCCGGUUAUAUGCAGAGCAUUCUCCUUAUCACUCAAGGAUGAGGCAUUAGAGUGGUAUAAUACUCUUCCCCCAAACACAGUGGAUUGCUUCGCCACUGUGGAAACUCUCUUUAGAAGGCAAUACGCCUCCAAUCGGAAACAGGAGAUAACACCGGCGGAAUUGGUAAACACCAAACAAGAAAAGGACGAAACUUUGAAAGCCUUUAUGAAAAGGUAUAAUGAAGUCGCACGGCGAGUUAAAGAUGUUAAUCACACUUUUAUCAUCAGCAACCUGCCUUCAUGCCUAAGGCAAGGAUAUUUUUCUGAGAAAUUGUAUGCACGACCACCAAAAACUAUGGAAGAGCUCCAAGAAAGAGUGGUUGAAUUCAUCCGUAUGGAGGAUAUGCGAAUCUCAUAA